AUGCUGACAAGUAGAAGCAGUCUUCAGUGUUCAACAGUCAACCCCAAAGGGACCUUUCCCCUGGGCCCUUUCCCAAGACACAUCUGGAUCCACCACAACACCCCCCAGGACAGUUUGGAUAAAGCCUGCCAUGAAAUCUGGAAAAGGGUCCAAGGCCUCCCUGAGGAACUCCAACCAAGGUCUUCAUCACCGCUUUUCCAACUUAGCUGUCACCCGGUCACAUCAUCAGAGGCCCUCAGAGAAGACAGCAGUACCACGUGCAGCAGCUCUCAAAAGGAAUCUUUAGAAACCAGCAUUGGCAAAGAUGAAAUAUCACUGCUGGUUGAGCAAGAAUAUUUGAGCCUUACUCAAGAGAAUGCAACUGAACUAGAGAUGCAAAGAUCGGAAGAGGACAAGGUGCCCCCAGCUGCUCCAUAUAAAGCCCCAAUUAACAACAACGCGACUUCUGAUGGAGACCAGAUGUUAGAUGAGAGGGAUGCGAUGGAAAACGUUUACAGAGCACUCACUGGAAACAAAAAGGAAGUGAAACUGAGGUCUAUCUGCGAUGUCCAGCUGUCCACGAAGUCCACCGUCACAGGCAUUUUGCUCCCUGCGAAAUUAAUCUACAAGAACACCAAGAGUACAGAAAGUGGAAACACCAACAUGAUGGCUUCCAACACUCAGAUCGCCAAGCUCUUGGCGCAGUUCCCACUCAAGCGCAUUGAGGUCGCCAAAGCUCUGGACAACAAGAUGGUGGUUGACGAAACCAAGUUGAUCAAGGACCUCCUGCAAAACAAUAUGUUUGGACCUGUAUCCCACAAAGAAAACAUCAUGAGGCCUCCCCCGAUCAUGACAGUGACUGAAAGUCAAGGAUCCGGGCAAAAGAAGCAACUCCCAGUAUUUGCCAAGAUCUGUUCAAAAACCGAACCUGAGCUGAUAGCUGAUGGGCUCUGUCAAAAUCAUGCCACGUCAGCAGCCAUGGAUAAGAACAACCUGAAAUACAGUGGGAAUGUGUUCACCCCACGAUUUCCAACGACUUCAACAACCACCUCAUUAAAGCAGCCGAUGUGGCUGAGCCUAAAUUACCCGCCACCUGCUGUUUUUCCAAACCACUCCAGCUUCCCUCAGUAUCAGAGUCUGUACCAGCAAAGAGCACGGAUCCCGUACCAGCAGACGUUACACCCUCAGCUUGGAUGCUAUUCCAGACAGGUAACUCCUUACAAUCCUCAGCAAAUCUUCCGUUCACCUUACACACCUGUACUCAGCUACAUCCCCCUGGUUCAGCCUGGUUACUCUUAUCAGCAGAGGAACCCAACUAAGCCAUCUAGCAAUGUACGGGAUCCUCCAGCUAUGGCAGGUGACGGACCUCAGUAUCCAUUUUCUCCUUCCUAUGGGUUCACCUCUACCACUGCAGGACCUGUAAGGACCAACCCUUAUUUUUCUUCCAAUGGAGGCAGCAACAGUUUUUAAUAUCUGCUGGC